AUGUUCACCUCCGACCGCCUCAAUGAACUUCACAUCAAAGACCACGUACCCGUCAUCCUCGACCUCGACUCGCCAUCCUACAACGCAUGGCGCACCUACUUCGCGCUGCUCUUCCACUCUUACCGUCUCAUCGAGCAUGUUGACGGGAGCGUCGACUUCCACGACAUGAAGGACGACGACGAGUGGCUUGCUGUGGACGCCUGCAUCGUCAAGUGGCUCUUCCUCACCAUCUCCGGCGGCCUCUUCAACAUGGUGAACUCCCGCGACCCGUCGGCGUACGCUAUGUGGACGCGGCUGUGUGACCUCUUCCCCGACAAUCAACUCCAACGCCGCGUCUUCCUUCAAGGGGAGUUCUUCACUAUGCAGCAAAACGAUCUUUCGAUCGAUGAGUAUUGCACGCGGCUGAAGGUUCUUGCCGACGAGCUGCGCGAUGUCGGCAUGAACAUCGACGACUCUGUCCUCCUCACCAACCUCCUUCGCGGCCUCCACCCCGACCUUGGCCAGUCCGCCGCCAACCUCUCCCUCGUCAUGCCGACGUACGCGAAGACAGUCACGUACCUUUGCAUGGAGGAGAAGCGCCUCCAUCACUCCGCCCGGCAGGUGACCCACGCCACACUUCACGUCGGCCUCGCCGCUGGCCACAGCGCUCUUUCAGCCCCGCCAGCGCCGCGCGCGCCUACUCCCACCCCACAACCCGCGCCCGCGCCCUCUGGUGGCCGCAAGCAGAAGGGUGGCGGGGGUCGGGGCUGCAACGCCAACACGGCGCAGCGCCCUCCCGCGACCAACGCGGCUGCUCCCCCUCUGCCGUGGCUCUCGGGGUACAAUCCUUUCUACACAUAG